AUGGCGAAGACUUGCAUUCAUGAUAGCAGAGUGGUUUGCGCAUCUUCCCCUGAUGGAUGUACUCGUCGAAGCUUUCUUGACCAAUGCGACAUGUAUGAGUAUAACUGCGAUUAUAAUACACGUUAUCAAGAAACAUAUUUAUUAUUCUGUUCACUUUUGGAUUUUUCCACUAAGUAUGUUACAACAUCUGAUAAUUAUAGUAAAGAUACAAAGGAAAUAAAUUUUAUUGAAUUUAGUACGCAUAUUGAUAAUGAAAACGAAGUUAAUUCCACGCUUAAUAAAGAUUCGACUCUAGAAGUUUAUUUAACUACUAAAAAUAAUAUCAAUACAACAGUGACCAAUUUGAAAAAUAAUACAAAUGAGGUGAAACUUAUCUGCUGUGACCGACCAAAGACUUGGGAAACAACAUCUGAUAUAACCAUUACUAGUCCUAUCUACGAUUUCUUUUAUCCAGAAAUUACCGGAGAAGAAACGUUUGUAUCUUCGACGACACAAAAAAUCCAUAAUAAUCAAUUUCUAACACCAUGUAACAAAAGUAAUGUAACAAUAAAUUUGAACAAGUCUGAUAAUAUAACAACAUCAGUUAUUAUGAGUUCCGUAGAGAUACUGCCACCAAAUAAAACAACAGCUUCACAUUGUUCAAUUAACUGCAACAGAAGGCCGAUAACUUGGGAAACAACAACUCACAAAUUAGGAACCUUGAUUAGGUCAAAAAGUGAUAGUAGAAGAGAAAAAGUAACCAAACCAGUUACCACCAGUAUAACAGACAUACUAACAAUAAAAACUUCAAGACUUUCAACUUCUGAAGAAGAACCUAUAUAUACACUAACAUAUCGCCCUAAGACGCUAACAGUUCCAAUACACUCUUAUAUAUUCCUUACAAGAAGAAAGACUACAAAGAGUUUAACACAUAACUGUAAGAAAAAGUGUCAGAGACCAAGUACUUGGAGGACAACUCGAAGACCCAUUACAGAUGUUAAGAGAUUUAGAAACUAUAAUAGGUACCAUCUUGAAUUCACAGAAUCUGAAUGUACUGAAAAUAAAGAAGAACUAGACCAACAAGCGAAUGAAACGGAUAAUAGACACGACGAAAAAAUCGAAUAUCUAGCUGGUUCAUCUGAAGAAAUAGUUAAAUUAGAUUUACACAAAGGAACAGAAAAGGAUAGCAAUAAUAUUUUCAACAUGUUUAAAAGUAACUGUGGUAGACCUCUUACUUGGGCUACGACUAAAAAGGGAGAAACACGAGACUUCUUUAGAAUAUUAACGCAAAAAGAAAAAUAA